UGUCCAGAGUCUCAGUAAUUGACCAGCUCGCUGCUUUGAAGAUCAGAGCUCCCUCUAGAGGAAGAAGAAAACACUGCACUUCACAUGGAGUUACUGCAACCACAUGAUGCUGAAGAUAUAGUUUUCAAACAUGAAAAAGAUCACUUCAGAAUUCCGGCUCUUCUUUACAUUGAGAAAUGGAAGAAAUACCUGGCGUUUGCUGAGAGGCGCACCUCUACUGCAGAUCACCAUGCCAGGUGGCUGGUGAUGAGCACAGGCACCAGGGACGCGGACGGAAAAGUGAAGUGGUCUUCCAUUACGAACUUGGAGAAAGCGACUAAAGUUGGCUACCGCAGCAUGAGCCCCUGUCCAGUCUUUGAGACAAACACAGGGACACUGUUUCUCUUCUUCAUCUGCAUUGAGGGCAGCAUCUCAGAGAACAGCCUCAAGCCAGACCAAACCUGCUUGUGUUAUGUCACCACCCAGGAUGAGCAUUUGGGGGACGGGACCUGGAGUAACUUAAAAGAUGUGACUGAUGAUAUAGUGUUUGCUGAUAAUAAAAAGCUUUCAGAGUACCAAACCUUUGCAGUGGGACCAGGACACGGCAUUGAAGUGGGAGUGGGGACCAGCAAUGACACAAGGCUGCUGAUUCCAGCCUAUGUUAAAAUGAGCAAAGACGAAAGCCAUGCUUUGAUUUUCUACAGUGACGAUGGGGGAGAACACUGGCAGGCAGGAAAUCAGCUGUUUAAUAAGUCAGGUGAGUGUCAGGUGGCGCAGGUUCGAGUCGUUGAGGACACGGAGCUCUUCCUCUACUGCAACGCUCGCACGCUCGGUGGAGAAAAUGAGGAGGUUCCACGUUUGGAGGCACUUAGUGACGACACAGGGGCAAGUUUUACCAAACUACAGAGUCUGUCUCUGAAGGAGACGCCCCACGGCUGUCAGGGCAGUGUGCUGGGCUUCCCUGCUACAGGCCUCGAUUCCCCCAACACAUGGCUGCUGUUCAGCCACCCGACCAAGGGGCUUGGGUGGACAAGGAGGGAUCUGGGCAUCUACCUGAGAAUGUCUCUUCAGGACGGGGGCAACAGGGACUGCAGACCCUGGGGUGAGCCCUUUAUCAUUCACCCGGGAAAAAGUGGCUACUCUGACCUGGCCCAGUGUGAGAAGAAGGAUCGCUUUGCCUGCCUGAUGGAGUGUGGAGAGGCCAACCCGCUACAGAUCGUCUUUAAGGAGUUUGCUCUCAGUGAGAUCCAAGACCAGCUCAAAUAG